AUGAAAUUAGAGAAAUUCGAAGAGGAGGAAACCGAUGAAGAAGAGGAAACUAACCGGAGAGAAUCGCCGGAAAUGCUCACCUGUUCACUGUAUUGGAAAAGUGAGGGGCAUUUUUCGUUAUCGCAUUUACCGGAUCUGAAAAGCAGAUCAUGCGUCUUCAGCAUUUUCGUAGCCGUUUCUUUGAUUUGCGGUGUUUACUUUAUCGGCGGUGCUUGGUUUAACAAAGAUUUAUUCAGGUUAUCGCCUGGAUUUCGAAUGAACACGACGCAGCAACAUACAGACACUUAUAAAUGCGAGUCUAUUUUGAAGGUACCGUCACCGGAAAUACAAGUGUUGAACGAUACCAGGGUAUCAUCACCGGAAAUAAAAAUCAACGACACCAGCAAAAAUACGCACCUCGAGAAAUGCAAUCAAAAAUGCAGGCCCGUUGGUAGUGAAGCGUUGCCUAACGGCAUUAUUUCAAUACACGCAAACAUGGAAAUGCGUCCUCUUUGGGGUCCCGUUUCAGAAGAUAACAAGCCAAAGCAUGGAACCGGUUUGUUAGCCGUUGCAGUUGGGAUAAACCAAAAAGAAUUAGUGAACAAAAUUGUUAAAAAGUUUCUUGAAAAUGAUUUCGUUGUGAUGCUUUUUCAUUAUGACGGAUUUGUGGAUAAGUGGCACGAUUUCGAUUGGAGCAACCGAGUACUUCAUAUCUCCGUAAAAAACCAAACCAAAUGGUGGUUUGCCAAACGAUUUCUUCAUCCGGAUAUUGUUGCUGAAUAUGAAUACAUUUUUCUGUGGGACGAGGAUUUGGGAGUCGAAGAUUUUCAUCCCAAACGGUAUAUAUCUAUUGUUAAGGAAGAAGGUCUCGAAAUUUCACAGCCUGCACUCGAUCCUGGUAAAUCCGAGGUUCAUCAUCCCAUUACUGCACGCAGGCACAAAUCAAGGGUCCACAGGAGAUACUAUAAGUUCAAAGGUAGUGGAAGAUGUGACGAGAAAAGUACUUCUCCCCCGUGUGUCGGUUGGGUGGAAAUGAUGGCUCCGGUUUUCUCGAGAGCGGCUUGGCGUUGUGUUUGGUAUAUGAUCCAGAAUGAUUUAAUCCAUGCUUGGGGAUUAGAUAUGCAACUCGGUUAUUGUGCACAGGGUGAUCGGACGGUUAAAAUCGGGGUGGUCGAUGAGGAGUAUAUUGUUCAUCUUGGUCUUCCUACGCUCGGUGUCUUUUCUGAUCGAAAUAAGACGAACACUGAAUCGAUUGACCAAUCAAAAAACUUGGUGAAUUCGGAAUCGAACAACUUCGAUAACAGAUCCGCGGUUCGUAGACAGUCGUAUACUGAAAUGGGGAUAUUUAGGAAUAGAUGGGCAAAGGCGGUAAACGAGGACGAAUGUUGGAUCGAUCCUUUCAAACAAUCACCACCACUUCGAAAACCCUAAACGAGAGCUCGGCUUUUUUCUUGAGGGCGUUUUCGACUUUUUUGUCGACUAAAAAGCUUACGGAAAAUCCCAGUCAUUGUACAGAGUACAGACUACAGAAGUAUAGAAUGCAUCCCUUCAAAGAAAAAUCUUGAUCCAUUUUCUUUUUUUCUUUUUGUUUGUAAUUUUAGGGAAUUUUAUUUUCACUUUAGUCAAGUUGUGAAGUAAAUAUUUAUUUAGGUUUGAUUGUAGUAUAGUGUAUUUUCUAUUUUACAUGUCUAUUGCCUUGGUUUGUGAAAUUGCAUAAGAAAUAUAAGUAUUUUCGGUUUAUUUUUGCUAUUUUUGGCGUUUAA